AUGGGACUCCUUAAACUUUUGACCCUAGUCGUCCUAGCGUCACUUGCACCAGAAGCGUCUGCCCUCUUCGCCUUCCCUGGUGCCGAAGGUUUCGGCCGAGAUGCUGUCGGUGGCAGGACCGGCUCCGUUUACCAUGUGACAACUCUGGCUGAUUCCGGUACCGGCUCCCUCCGUGAUGCCGUCUCCAAAUCCAAUCGCAUUGUUGUCUUUGACGUUGGUGGAACGAUCAACAUCACGGACCGUAUUGUAGUAUCCAAAAAUAUCUAUAUCGCAGGCCAGACUGCUCCUGGUGGCGGCAUCACCGUGUACGGCAACGGUCUCUCCUUCUCCAAUGCCGAUAAUGCAAUUGUUCGUUAUAUCCGCUUCCGAAUGGGGAAAGGGGGUGACUCAGGCAAAGACGGUGUUACUAUCGCCGAAGGUAAAAACAUGAUCUUCGACCACGUCUCGGCAACCUGGGGCCGUGAUGAGACGUUUUCUAUAAGUGGUGAUGUCUACAAUGUGACGAUUCAAAAUUCCAUCAUCGGACAGGGCCUCGAAACACACUCAUGCGGCGGCCUGAUACAGACGGAUUACGGUGUAAGUCUGUUCCGGAAUCUGUACAUCGACAACAAAACCCGAAACCCGAAAGUAAAGGGCAAAAAUGACUUCCAGAAUAAUGUCGUGUAUAACUGGGGAGGAGGCGGUGGCUACAUUGCUGGCGACAGCGAUGGCCAGAGCUACGCCAAUGUGAUCAACAAUUACUUCAUCUCAGGGCCCAGCACCGGUGUCACCGCAUUCACCCGAGGGAAUGCGAACUUCCACGGCUAUGUAUCCCAGAACUACUACGACAGCAACAAGAAUGGGGCCCUCGACGGCUCAGCUCUGUGUGUCAAGACAAGCUGCUACUCGGACAUGGACAUAGUCUCGACACCGUACGCCUACCCGGGGCCGACGACGCUCAUGACGGCCACCACAGAUACUCCGGCCUAG